GCCUGGAAGCAGCCGUUGACUGGUUGCUUCUGCCACUCGAGCCCUGGCAUCUCGCCGGUUGCUGGCAUCCGGAGCCGUCUCUCCGCGCCUUGCUCCAGCAGGUUACUCCUUGGUGCAUGGGGACAAGGUGGAAGGUCAUGGCUACCCACGUCCCCGUGGCCCCCGGCCUCCCUCAGAUGCUCAAGGCAGGCAUGAAGUACUUCAGCGGCCUCCAGGAGACCCUUUUCAGCAACCUCACGGCCUGCAAAGCUCUGGUCCGCUCCUUGCGCAGCUGCUACGGUCCUCUGGGUCGCAACAAGUUGGUGGUCAACCAUCUUGGGAAGACCUUCCACACCUCCCACGCGGCCACCAUCUUGCGGGAGCUGGAGCUGGAGAACCCGGUUGCUUGCCUGCUGCGUACAGCGGCUGAAACCCAAGAGGAAGAGACUGGUGACGGCACCAAUUUUGUCAUCCUCCUAGCUGGAGCGCUGCUGGAGAACGCAGAGAAGCUACUGCGGUCUGGUCUCCCCGUGGUCCACAUCCGGGCCGGCUACGAGAUGGCCUGUAAGGAGGCCCUGCGGCUCCUUCCUGGCCUGACGUGCCACGUGCUGAAAAACCCACGUGACAUGGAUGAGGUGCUGUUGGCCCUGCAGACCACGGUGGGCAGCAAGGUCUUCGGCCACCAGAAGUUCUUGUCCAGACUCGUGGCCAAGGCCUGCAUCCUGGUGCUCCCCGCGGACUGCACAGCCUUCAACCCAGAUCUCAUCCGUACCUGCAAAAUCCCAGGGGGCAGCGUGACAGACUCCUGUCUCCUGGAAGGGAUGGUCCUUUGCACGGAGGCCGAAGGGAUCGUCAGGCGGGUGGAGAGGGCCCGGAUCGCGGUCUACGGUUGCCCCUUUGGCCCAUCCGGGUUGGAAGCGAAGGGCACCGUUCUCUUCAACAGCGCCGCAGAGCUGAAGAAUUUCAGCAAAGGCGAAGAAGGCCUGAUGGAGCGACACAUCCAGGCCAUCGCCAAGACCGGCAUCAACGUGCUGGUGGUUGGGGGGAAGGUGGAGGAUUCGGCCCUCUUUUAUCUCAACAGGUACAGGAUAAUGGUGGUCCGAGUGGCUUCUCGUCUGGAGCUGCAGUGCCUUUGCCAAGCAGUGGGAGCCACCCUGCUGCGUAGCGUGGUCGCCCCGCAGCCGGAGGAGAUCGGAAACUGCCGACGCGUCUAUAUGAGUGAGAUCGGGAGCAUCUCUGUGGUUGUCUUCAGUCAAGAUGGCACCACUUGUCCAGUAGUCACCCUGCUACUCAGAGGAGCCACCAAGGAGAUGCUGGAGUGCGUUGAUGAAGCCAUCCAGGACGGGGUCAACGUUUACAAGCUUCUGGGCAGUGACUCCCGCCUCUUGCCUGGGGCCGGGGCCACGGAAAUGGCGCUCUCAGUGCGGCUCAACACUCUGGGGAUGUAUUACCCGGGAUCGGAGCAGUACGGCAUCCUGGAGUUCUCCCAGGCCUUGAAGACCCUCCCAGCCACCCUGGCAGAAAAUGCGGGCCUGCCGGUCAACGAGGUGAUGGCAAAGAUCGAGGUGCAGCACCAGCUGGGCACCCAGAACACGGGCAUCAAGCUGAGCGGGGAGGUGGCCGGCACAAUCGAUGCUGCCAAGGAAAAACUGCUAGACCCCUUCUUGGCAAAGUACCGGGGGAUCACGCUGGCUACCCAGACGGUGGUCACGCUGCUGAGUGUGAGUGAGAUCAUGGUGGCCAAGAAGAGCGGAGGGCCCAAGCCCAGAGGGGAAAACCCCAACUGGGACCAAGAACCCGACACACUGGAUUGAAGGGGAGCUCCCGCAUCCCAAAAGACGACCAAGAUCGCCUGAUAAAUAAAGUACGCUGACUGUUGUUGA